AUGGCGUCCGACGGCAACAAUGGGCACAUAGGAGCUCAAAACAGCCCAAUCCAGUCUAUGGUACCGUUGGACAAAACACCGCCACCGACGGCGGCCAGCAAUGACGCUACGGGUGAGGGAGGUUCUACGGUAACCGCAAUACCGCCGAAAAACCGUCCACUAUCCACAUCUUCAAAAACAAUCGUCGGUACAGCUGUGCAACCCUCAGUCCAGCAGCCAAGACUGCCUCAGGUAACAGUGCCCUUAGCCACAUCAAUCCAAACACCACCAGCUUUCCAGUCAACAACGAUGCAGUCUCCGAUACCCCCGAUAUCACCAUUCUUCACGUUGACGAUGCAACAUCCGUUGCCAAUCCCUUCAAUGGUACUCCCGUUAAGCCAAAUACCAAACAUCUAA